UAGUGAACAUGACAAACAUUAUUGUAGAUACUGAUGCCAAUUUUGCUGCUAUAAUGACCCCCAAUACAGGUUAGUUUUCAUUAACUUGAUAUGGAUUUUGUCCACAAUAUAUCAGAUUCCAUUUUGAAUCUUCAGUGAACCAAGGAAUUUAGUCUUCCAUUGACCAUUGACGUAGUUUUCCUGUUUUUUUUUGCCGACAUGGAAGACCAUUCAGUCGUUUUACAUGUGUUGAAACCUGGUUCCUAUUCAAUAAGGUUGACAGGUUUUUGUAAACACUGAAGAACUCUUGAUUGAUUAGCAACUUUGGACAUAAUGUGAGAGUUUACCGAAGGAAAGAAACAAAAAGGACCGCUGCGUACUCACCUGUGACCAGAAAGUCAGUGAAGAAGAGGAUGCAGCAACCGCAGAAGCCAAUGGGACUGCGGGAGUUGGCCAAUGAGGGCAGGAAGAGGAGACUGCACACCAGUUUGAAGACACACAGCACGGACAUGCUGUCCAACAUGCCGUCCAUGGCUGCAGGUACACACACACACACACACACACACACAUGCAGAUAUCUCAAAACAGGUUUUCUAAUUUAGCCUGGAGGUAUGGGAGUUCAGGAAUGUCCAGCGCUCUGUCGACUCAUUGAAGUAAUCAUGGUUAUUUUGCACUUUUUCUUUAUCUACGCUGUCCUUGCAGAUCAAUACUUUUCGAGUGAACUCUGGACGUUUGUUAGGAGUUUCACAUGCACGCAAACAUCAUCAGCUGUUGGUAAAAAUGGGAUGAAACAGAAUAUUUGGAGGUAACAGUUGAAGCAUCGUAAUCUGUUAUUAGUACAAGCGUGUUUGUUAUGAGUUUUCGUUACCUGUUGCCAUUGGGAACCUUCAGAGACGCAUGUCACUUGUUAGAUCUCCGCAACACCUUCAAGCACUCUUCAACCCUCCCCCCCGCCACCCUUGUGAGCUCCUGCUAAUGACCCACCUCCCCCUCUUCCUCCUCCUUUCUGCGUCCUUCCACUUCUUGUUGCUGCACCUGGCACCAUGUGGAGGCGGGGCGUGGAGGCGGAGCUUAGAGGGCGCAGCGCUGUUUGAACAGGCGAGGAGAGAACCAGUCGGGCGACUCCUAACUAGCAGCUAACAAGCAUGGAGAUGAAGGAGACGAGAGCGUGUCAAGACAAACAAUUAAGUGGGGAAACAUUCAAACUUGUUCAGGCAAGUGCUGCAAAAAAUAUUGUAAGUCUAAGAGGUACGCCUGCAUGUGUUCACUGUUGUUAAAAUACAUAACCGCAUAUCAUAGCAAUCCCCCGAUUAUCACGUAAAUUAUUGUGUGGAAAUAUGGGCUAAUAACUAAUAAAUAAUUAUUAAAUAAAUAAUAAUAAAGCAAUCUUCUCUCGCUAAGUCUACUGCAAAAAAGGUCAGUAAGGAUAAUUCAUAAUGCCGCCUAAAAAGAACAUACUAACUCCUUAUUUCUAAAAUCACAAAUACUUCGACUUGCUGAUAUAGUUCAUCUUCAAACAGUUAAAAUAAUGCAUAAGGCUAAAAAUAACCAAUUACCUAAAAAUGUCAUCCAAUACUUCGCGGCACCAGUAACAACCUUCAUUUGGGCCGAGGAUCGUCCCGUGUCUUGACAGACGGCCAAUCAGAUCCUCCGGGCUCAGCGCAUGUCACAUUUUUUUUGUGUCUACCAUGUGAAAUUUUUGUUCCGUAUCUGUGAGGAUCUUUCAAGAAGUUUCUGUCUUAAGCCUACAACCGGACAUACAAGUUUUUGGCCGUUCGAUUCCUCCCCAUUUGUUUCCCCUUAAUGACGCUUAUUAAAAGACUUUGCCAGCAUGUAGCUUGUAAAUAAGUCACAUAAAUAACAAUAGGCAUUGCAACAGGAAUCAAAUCUAAAUAUAUGUGUACAUAUAUAUUACAAUAGAGACGUAGCAAACAGAGGAAAAUUGGUAAAUUGGUCUAGCAACCUGAAAAAAACAUAAGCACCUCAGUCGAUAGCUCAUCACACACGUGCCCUGUGUGCGAUUUUAAGCAUGGAGACCAGUCGUAGGAGCCCGUACGACCGGUUGUGACAGUUGCUUUACUGCGUCCAACCUCGGUAGCCAUAGCGCACUGUGACAGGCCUUGCCUAUGCAGCUCAACAACAGUUAGCCAUUAAAAGAUCUUGACAGACAAUUACGUUGAAUCCACAUUUUUGCCAAGAUAAAGACUAUUGUCUUAAACGUUUGAUAAGCUGAUGCUAUUUUAAUGCUAGCUUACAAUACAUUUCUUUUUUUGUGCCACUCCCCUUCCUUCAUUUUUCAUUUUGAAUCACUACGGAAAAAUGUUUGAUCAGGAGAGUGUAUUAUGGGGCAAACAGCAACAUGCCCCUACACAUGUACCCAAUUGUAAAAAUCCUAAUAAAACCUUUAUCUAUUUGUAUUUGUGUCAUAAUGGCUACUAAAAAACAAAUAAAUCCCCUAGAACAAUGUUUUUCACCUCGACCUCUCACGUGCAUCACUGAGUCUAUAGGAGGAACGAGGCAAUCAGCUACGUGUUGCCACACGGACCAAUAUUACAUUGCUUACAUUGUCCUUACACCACUCGUCAAAGACAUAAUAUUUGCAGAAAAUAAUUAAUAAAUGUUAAUUAAAAAAAGUGAUAUUGGAUAAUUCCUCACGGCACACAAGUGUGUAUUCACAGUGGUUGAAUAUCACUCCACUUUGUUUAGAAAUCUGAUUUUACACAGUCCUAAUCGUGCCUAUAAUGAGAAUAUUCACGUGGACGCAGCAGCAGCGCCAUCUUGUGGUAAGUACCGCCCUAUACACACAGACACUAAAGGUAAACGAUGCUGAAAAUGUUGCUAUCUAUUCGAUACCAAGUAAAUACAGGGGCGUUAUUACUGAUAGUGAUGUCGAUGCUUUUAUUUGACUAAGAUUUAAGAUAAUUAAUUGAUUUUUUGAUUUUACCUUUAAUUUAUUAAUGGUGGAUAAAUAAAACAGGCUUUACAAAGGCAUCGAUGUUAUUGAUAAGAGGUAGUAUCGGUAUCGGCUCAAUAUGGAAGUGAUGGGAAGGGUUUUUUAAUAUUGUGUUGUUUAUAUUGUUAUUUCCUGUUAUUUGGGAUGAUUUCAGAACACAAGAUGGGCUUUUAGACAAAAAAACUAAUAAUUUGCUUUUGUUUACUUUCUUUAUUUUGCUGUGUCAUUUUUUAAAUAAUUUUUGUAAAAUAUUUGUCCUGUUUUAUUGUGAUUAUAAUAAUAAUCAGCAAAUUGAAACGCCAAAUCAUUGAAUAUGCUUGAAAAUAUAUUUUAAAAAAGGAUCUAUCAUAAAUAUUAUUUUUUAUAUAUAUUUUUUUAAAUAUUAUCUAUUAUAUAUUAACACAGAAGCGCACUGAACAACAUCGAAGUUGUCGCUCAAGUUUGUCGCCGAUCCUGAUGUCGACACCAUCGGUAUGUGUAUGGACCCGCCUCCCCCUCUAAACGCACACACAUCGAAUAUGGAGCAAAAAGCAUUGCCUGUCCAAAAAGCGUCCAAAUAAAAAGGCAUGAAAUGGGUUAAAAAAAGGAGUGCAGUCUACUGUGGGGUUCUUCUCCUGCAGGACCCAGAAGUGAACAGCAGGCGACCCGGAAGGCUUGAAGGUUGGGAAUCGAGCAGGAAAAAAAAAAGCAGAGAAGACUCCAAUCCUUUGCGAGGGGGAAGAAAAAAAAAUCAUCUUUCAGAAUGGCUGAACCUCGCUUCAACAGUCCCUAUUUUUGGCCCCCGCCUCCUGCCAUGGCUGUCAGCCAGCUGAUGGCGGAGAAGAUCCGAGCGCCCCAUCCGCCCGCCUCAACCCUCCCUUCCCAGCACACCUUGCUGACGCCCCCCAGCCAAGAGGACGGCGGCCAGCAUGAGAUGUCCAAAGCCCAACAGACGCCAGGUCUCAACCGGCCGUCUCAGGGGGACGUGGUCCUGCACGCCAGCCCUGCCCGGCCUGCCUCCAGCUCGCUUACAGGCCGUGUUCUUGGGGACGUAAACUUGAACCUCGAUGACAAGGUGGCGAUUAAAGCCAGAGGAUUAUGGGAGGACUGGCGUCAGCUCAUAGACCAUCCUGCAAGGACAAACCACCUGUCAGGUGUCUCCCUCGCCUCCCGAACAGGAAACCUCAGCAACUCCGAGGUCACCACCCCUACGACGCCGUCUCCCAGCAGCCCCGCCCGGCUAGUGGGCGGCGCUUCCACACCGCACCUCCUCUCGGGCUUCCCCGGUCCUCACGGAGUGGAGCCAGCGAGAACCAACGGCGGUCUCCUGGGUCUCCUCGGCGGGUCGAAGCCGAGAGAAGGACGCAGAAGAAUCAAGGCGGAGAACGGCUCGUCGCUGCUGGUGGUUCCGUACCCCAUCAUGGCGUCCAGCAACGACCAGUCCUGCAUUACCAUCACUGCCAAAGAGAAGACAUACAGGUGUAAAGUGUGCCCGCUGACUUUCUUCUCCAAGUCGGACAUGCAGAUCCACUCCAAAACGCACACGGAGGCCAAGGCAUAUAAGUGUCCUCAUUGCACCAAAACCUUCGCCAACGCUCCCUACCUGGCCCAACACCUGCGCAUACACCUGGGCCUCAAGCCGUAUCGCUGCUCCUACUGCGAAAAGAGUUUUCGCCAGCUCUCACACUUGCAGCAGCACACCAGAAUCCACACGGGGGAUCGGCCAUAUAAAUGCUUCCAACCUGGAUGUGAGAAAGCCUUCACUCAGCUGUCCAAUCUGCAGUCUCACCAGAGGCACCACAACAAAGACAAACCCUUCAAGUGUUCCAACUGCUACCGGGCCUACUCGGACUCAGCCUCACUGCAGAUCCACCUGUCGGCCCACGCCAUCAAGACCGCCAGGGCCUACUGCUGCAGCACGUGCGACAGAGCAUACACGUCGGAGACCUACCUCAUGAAGCACAUGUGUAAACGCUCAGCGAUCCAUCAUGGGGGGCCACGUCACCCCGCUGAGCGCAGGGCAGACCCUGCCCAUCACCCCCGCACCGAUUCCUCUGACCUGGGCGCCUCCAUUUUGUCACGACAUCACCUUUCUCUCGCCGUCUAAUAUCAUGGACUUUAAAGGCACUGAGGGACCUUUAAGAGUACUCGUGUGUGAAUAAUAAUCAUAAUUUGGACAGUCCAAAUGUGUCGAAUGAGCACUUUCAGGUCUGAAAACGACAGACUUAAAAAAAAAAAAAAAAUACAAUGAAAUCAUUGUGUAACUUCACAGCAAGUGUUAUGUGCAAGAUAUUUUUAAAUCUAUUGUAAUGUACCAGAUUGUGUUUUUUUAUACGCUCCCUAACUUUUGUAUGCUGGUAAGAUACUGUAGAAAGGCUUUAGAAAUAGUCCUCAAUCAUGAUGUCUGUCUGUGUAUGCAGUUAUUAUUAUUCAUGUCAUAUUCAUGUUUUAUACCAUGACUGUCCAUUCACCUAUACGGGAGGAUGCAUUUUCAUGUGUAGAUGGUGCAUUCAAACUGCCUUGUGUGUCCUAACAAUGACAACGACAAAAAUAAUCAACAUAUUAUUGUCAUUUUUUUUUUAAGAAUAAAAUAAUAACUUCCAGAAUUGCCUUUUUUAUGUUUCAGUCAGGGCAGCACGGCAGU